UCAUAUGUAUUAUAUAUAAAUAAAUAUAUGUACAGCGUAUGUAUAAAUAUCUCACGCGCUUCCAUUUUCAAAUCAAAGCAAAUCAAACUCUCUUCCCACACGUCAAAGAUCAGUCUACCGAUUUCUUCGUCACCAGAUAAGAGGGUGAACAACUUGCUCUAAUUAAGAGGCAGGAGUGUAGAGAUGGUGAAGUUGACGAUGAUAGCUCGUGUUACUGAUGGCCUUCCAUUAGCAGAAGGACUGGAUGGUGGCGGUCGUGAUCCACAAGAUGAAUUCUACAAGCAGCAGGCCAAAUCUAUAUUCAAGAACCUGUCGAAGGGUCAAAAUGAGCCUUCAAGAAUGUCAUUAGAAACUGGUCCUUAUGUUUUUCACUAUAUUAUUGAAGGCCGUGUUUGUUAUUUGACGCUGUGUGAUCGAUCUUAUCCAAAGAAAUUAGCUUUUCAAUACCUGGAAGAGCUCAAAAACGAGUUUGAGAGAGUCAAUGGUAGUCAAAUUGAAACUGCAGCUAGACCCUAUGCAUUCAUCAAAUUUGAUACAUUCAUACAAAAAACCAAGAAAUUAUAUUUGGACACCCGCACACAACGGAACAUUGGAAAAUUGAAUGACGAACUUUAUGAAGUCCAACAAAUAAUGACGCGCAAUGUACAAGAAGUUCUUGGAGUUGGUGAAAAGUUGGACCAGGUUAGUGAGUUAUCAAGCCGUUUGACCUCUGAAUCUCGUGUUUAUGCUGACAAGGCAAGAGAUCUAAAUCGACAGGCUUUGAUUCGGAAAUGGGCUCCGGUUGCCAUUGUGAUUGGGGUGGUUCUUCUCCUCUUUUGGGUCAAGAAUAAGAUAUGGUGAUUUCAUCUGCUGGUGCAAUAUGGCUGGUCUAUUGUCACUUAAUCGGUGGAUUUUUCGGGCUUCCCCUUUAAAGAAGCUUUAUAGGGAUAUAUCAAUGUGCUGAGGAUCAAUAGAUGUUGGUAGGAUAGCAAAUGUGUAUCUUCAAUGGUUAUGAGCAUUGAAAGCAACUAGAAGAGAUAAUCUUGGAAAUUUUUUGUACUACAUCAGUACGAGCUUCAAUCCAGGCUUCUUGUAUUAACUCGGUAGAUUUAGACAUAUUACUUUCAAAUCGGGAGUUUUCAUUCGAUUCUA